CUGUGUAUUGCCUCAGUAUCGGGAAAUCAAUCUUUUGUGAUUCCAGAGUUUAGUUCCUGGUCACAGUUGCCAAAGGAGGAAAAUCUGCUUUGCUAGUAAUGAUGCAGCCUCUUCUGUUUUGCCUUCUCCUCUUCACUGUCUGCUAUGCUGAGCCUCAAGAUCUCACAGACAAAGUCUUCACCUUCCCUUUGGAGUCCAACACUGCCCAUGUGAAGCUCAUCGGUGUCAGGGAGCAAAACUUUAAAACUAUGACUGUUUGCCUGAGGUUCUUCUCAGACCUCAGCAGAUCCCAGAGUGUCUUCUCAUUUGCCACCCCUUCCUGCAUCAAUGGAUUUGGUCUGUACACACCCAGCUCGGGCGAGUACGGUGUGUACACAGGAAAUAAGGCUGUUUUCUUUUGGGGGCUGCCGGGCAAGCUGAGUGACUGGAACUCCCUCUGUGGGACCUGGGACACGGGCACUGGACUUGCCCAGCUGUGGGUGAACGGGCAGCCCAGCUCCAGGAAGGCCACUGUCUCGUGGGUUUCUCCUGUAGGAACUCCCAGCAUAACCCUCGGUCAAAAGCAGGACUCUUACGGUGGGGGCUUUCACGUUCAGAAGUCUUUUGUUGGGCAUCUCACAGAUGUGCACAUGUGGGAUCAUGUCCUGUCUCCGUGUGAAAUCCAGCUAUAUAUGAGUCAGCUGUCCUUCACACCAGGGAACGUUCUCAACUGGCAAGCGUUAGAGUUCACUACACAUGGUCAAGUGGCUGUGGAAAAGAAGCAGACUGUCUUGUGUUAUUCAUAAAGUCCUAAAGGUACACAGGGGUUUCCCAUGACAGGCAGAUCUGUCUGUGAUAUAACUGUCUUUUACAUUAUUCACUCUCAUUUCACUUUGUUUUAUGCAAUGCUAUGUAAUGUAUAAAAACACACUGCUUUCAGCCAUGCUCUGUCAUUUUUUAAACAUAACAAUACAAUAAAUAAAUGUAAUAAAUCUAACACAUCCCAAAAA